AUGGUCCCGGAGAACGUGCGCCGUCUCUGCGCCAGUGACCGAACUGUCACCUCGGAACUCGCCCGCGAUCCAACUCAACACCCGCUUAGGAUUUUUCACCGUUUAUUUGGUGGCCAGAAGUGCAGGAAAACGAACUCACCAGCACGAGAAAAGUCAGAUCAUGAUGCCCAGAACAGUCUGCAGAGAGCGUACGCCUGCGGGCGUUGGGGCUCUGCAAGGCCUAGUACUCUGUUCCUGAAGAUUUAUCACGAUGCCCUGUGUACGUUGGAAAAGAACCCGAUGGCAGGCGUCGUCUCUCCGCCACUAAUGGGUAGCCACGGAGUCGCUCCCUUGACGAUUGUAGCACCUCUACCCGAUAUCUGUCGACAUAUGGCGAAUUGCAUCGUACGAGCUGAAACGGAGGUUUUCCUGGCGACCAAUUUCUGGAUCCAUUCGGAUGCGUCAACAUUGAUAACUAAUUCCUUCAGAGAGCUGUCGAGACGGGCCAGAAAGCGCGGUACCAAGGUGGUUGUCAAGAUGUUAUACGAUCGGGGAGAUCCGCGACAGAUAUUCCAGAAUCAUCUCCUGGUCAACGAGAAGCGAUAUGCUGGUGGACAGGUCAAAUUGCCGUCUCCAGAGGAGAUUCCCAAUGUCGACCUUCAGGUCGUCAAUUACCACCGGCCCAUAUUCGGUACCUUCCACGCGAAAUUCAUGAUUGUCGAUCGGAGAAUUGCUUUGCUUCAGAGUAAUAAUAUCCAGGACAACGAUAACCUCGAGAUGAUGGUCCGUGUUGAGGGACCAAUUGUUGACUCGCUCUACGAUAGUGCACUGGUGUCGUGGGGUCGGCUAUUGGGAGAGCCUCUUCCAUUGCUCACGUCACCUGCCAGUUCAACACCUGCUUGGGAGUGGUCAGCGAGUGAGCCCGAGAGCUCUUCAGAUGGUAGUGGAGCAGAGGCUUCACCACCGCAACUCACUGCAGACCACCCUCAUUACGAUGUCGACAUGCAGCAAGAGACGCAGAGAGUCAAUGGAAGCCUUGAGCCCUUACCCGGAAUGUCACAGACUGAAGCAGUAACUCGUCAUCUCAACACGACGCUCCAGCCUAGAACUACAGGAGAUGCCCCGAACAGUGACCAAGAUCUCCGGAUGAAGCCCUACGUUCUGUCGCCACCGCAUGAACCAUUUCCAAUGGCACUUGUCAAUCGAGAGCCAUGGGGAUCUCCUAACCACAGCAGCAUCUAUACCCCCCAAAAUUCGGCCUUCCUCUCCGCCAUUAAACACGCAAAGCAUUCCAUUUUUAUCCAGACACCCAACAUGAACGCAGAGCCAAUCCUCGAGCCUCUUCUGGAUGCAGUCCGGCGUGGUGUCAUCGUAAACUGCUACCUCUGUCUGGGAUACAACGAUGCAGGCCAGCUUCUUCCUCUCCAGAACGGAACAAACGAGAUGAUUUCAAGCCGACUAUACAAGUCUCUCCAUACAGACGAAGAGCGAUCCAGGCUACGGAUAUUUGAUUAUAUUGGCAAGGAUCAGACGAAACCAAUCCAUAACUGCUUCAAGCGCCGGAGUUGUCACAUCAAGCUCAUGAUCAUUGAUGAGAGCGUGGCCAUUCAGGGAAACGGCAACCUCGACACUCAAUCUUUCUACCACAGCCAAGAAAUCAACAUACUCUAUGAUUCACCCACAGUCUGCCGCUCGUGGCUCGACACUAUCAAUAGAAACCAGAACACUGCUUUGUAUGGCGCGGUAAGCAGCGAAGAUGGAUGCUGGCACGAUCCUGAGACCGGGAAGCUUCCCAAGGGCUCUAUUGGGAUCAACCCCGGAAGAUUCAGCUGGGCCAAGGGGAUUGUUGGGGCGGUGCAGAGAGUGAGGGCAAGCAAAGAUACCACCACAAUGACCCACUACGACCAACCCAUAAUCGACGUAACAAACUACAUCUACAACCAACCCCUCGACCCCUCCUCCCCCACCACCAAAUCCGCCCUCUCCGCAGCCCGAACCGCCCUCCUGGACACCCUAGGCUGCGCCAUCCAAACAAUCUCCAGCAGUGCAGAGGCUCGUGAACUCGUUGGACCUAUUGUCGAUGGAACGGUUGUGCCGGAUGGGUUCAGACUACCCGGGACGAGAUAUCGGUUGGAUCCGGUGAAGGGGGCGUUUGAUAUGGGCGUGUUGAUUCGGUAUUUGGAUUAUAAUGAUGCGUUGUGGGGGAGGGAGUGGGGACAUCCUUCUGAUAACAUCGCCGCUAUCCUAUCCGUCUCGGACUGGCUCUCCCGAACCACCAAAACCAGCAAACACACCGGCCCACCCCUAACCCUCCAAACCUUAUUGAUCGCAAUAACAAAAGCCUACGAAAUCCAAGGCAUCCACCAACUCCAUAACGCCUUCAACGCCCACGGCAUCGACCACGUUAUCCUCGUCAAACUCGCCUCCGCCGCUGUAUGCUCAUGGCUCCUCGGUCUCUCGGAGACGCAAGCAAUGGCUACAAUCUCGCAUGUGUGGAUGGACGGGCAUCCGAGUCGCGUUUAUCGGUCUGGGUCUAAUACGAUCCCGAGAAAAGGUUGGGCGGCGGGCGAUGCGUGCAUGAGGGCUGUGCAUCUUGCGUUGCUUGUGAGGGCAGGACAGGUGGGUGCGGGCGGAGCGUUGAGUGCUGUUCCAUAUGGGUUUUUGGAGAGGACGUUUGGUAACCAGGGGUUUGUGAUGGAGGGGUUUAGGGAUUGGGUGGUGCAGAAUGUGUUGUUUAAGGUGAUGCCUGUUGAAGGGCAUGGGAUUGCUGCUGUGGAGGCGGCAUUGGCGCAGAGGUUGCGAAUUAGGGAAAGGGGGUUGAGUGUUGAGGGGGAUGUUGUUAGGGUUGAGGUGAGGGCUACUGCUGCGGCGGAUUUGAUUAUUAAUAAGAAGGGUGUUUUGAGGAAUGCGGCGGAUCGGGACCAUUGUAUUCAGUUUGUCAUUGCUGUUGCGCUUUUGAAGGGCGCUGCGCCGGAGGUGGCGGAUUAUGCAGAUGGGAGUUAUUGGGCAACGAGUGCGGUGGUUGAUUCUUUGCGUGGGAGGAUUGAGGUUAGGGCGGAUGAGGGGCUUACGAGGGAUUACUUGAAUUUGGAGAAAAGGAGUAUUGGGGCGAGUUUGACUGUGUAUUUGAGAAAUGGGAGUGUGUUGAAUGAGGUGUUGGUGGAGUAUCCGAUUGGACAUGUGAAGAAUCCGGCCACGGGGGAUGCUGUGAGGGAGAAGUUUGGGAGGAAUAUGAGGGGUUUGUUUUCGGAUGAGGAGAUUGAGGGGAUUCUUGAGGCUGUCAAGAUGGAUGAUUUGGGAAUUUCGGAUUUUGUCGAUUUGUUUGCGAGAGAUGCGCUGGAGGCGAGGUUAUAG